AUGAGCGUCUCGCCUGCGUCAUUUCUGUGCUCGCGAUGCGCGCCCCGGAGCCUUCGAUUAUUGCGCCGAUCUCCCUUCCGAGGCCUCAAUGCGUACACCACGACGGCCGCUGCUCCCCAGCAUGAUCGACCGUUUAGAGUUGCCGUCAUCGGCUCCGGCCCGGCAGGCUUCUAUGCAAGCUAUCGGCUGCUUUCAAAGGCAGAUGAUGCGGUAGUGGACAUGUAUGAAAAGUUGCCGGUGCCGUUUGGCCUGGUCAGAUAUGGGGUGGCUCCAGAUCAUCCAGAGGUCAAGAAUUGCGAGGAAAAAUUUACAGAAGUUGCCUCGUCUCCGAGGUUUAACUUUAUUGGCAACACUGCCGUAGGCUCUCAGCUGCCUUUCGAAACACUUAAACCACACUACGAUGCAAUCUUGUUCUCUUACGGGGCGUCCGAGGACCGGGAGCUGGGGAUUCCUGGGGAAGAUGCUUGCAAGAAUGUCCUGUCCGCAAGGGCUUUUGUAGGCUGGUACAAUGGCCUCCCAGAAUACCGUGAUCUGUCUCCUGAUCUCACAUCUGGGGAGCAUGCUGUUGUUGUCGGACAGGGUAACGUUGCGCUCGACGUGGCACGGAUUCUAUUGUCGGACGUGGAUGCAUUGCACAAAACGGAUAUUUCAGAGCACGCUUUGGAAGCGUUGGCGAAGAGUAAGGUCAAACGGGUUCGAGUUGUGGGCCGACGGGGUCCCAUGCAGGCGGCGUUUACAAUCAAAGAAGCCCGUGAGCUUCUUCAGCUUCCUUCGGUUUCGUUUGAUCCGAUUCGAAAGGAACUGAUGCCUCCAGAUGAAGUGGUUGCGACCAUUCCACGGGCCCAAAAGCGUCUCAUACAGCUUCUGGCCAAGGGGUCUUCAAACGAUGCCAGAGCUACCAGCAAAUCCUGGUCUCUUGACUUCCUCCUUUCUCCACACUCUUUGCACUGGUCACCUGUGUAUCCCUACAGACUAUCUCACGCCAAAUUCACUCGCAAUGACAUAGACUCGGGGGACCCAUUUGCUCCAGAUGCCAAGGUUAAACCUCACACCUUGUCAAACGGCCGGCCGGCCGAGGUGAACAUCCCCUGCAACAUAUUUUUCCGCAGCAUUGGCUACAAGUCGCUGCCUCUUCCGGGAUUUGACUAUUUAGGAAUUCAAUUCGAUCACCGUCGAGGCAUUAUCCCCAAUGACGGGUUUGGGCGAGUGACUAGCUCUUCCGAAGCUGCCGAAGACAGCAAGACGCCGCUGGACAAUACACACAUAUCUCACAUACCAGGCCUGUACUGUGCCGGCUGGGUCAAACGGGGCCCCACGGGCGUGAUUGCCUCUACGAUGAUGGACGCCUUUGGCACGGCAGAUUCUAUCGCGGCAGAUUGGGAGGCGCAGUCGAAGGGCAGUGGCGAGGGGCGAAUCUCGUUCCUAAACUCUACCUCUGGGGGAAGCAGUGGUCUUGGGUGGGAAGGCGUCCGCACAGAGGCUCAGCAGAAAGGACUCCUGCCGACCUCGUGGGAGGACUGGCAGCGGAUCGACGCCGUGGAGAGAGAAAGGGGCAAGGAGAAGGGGAAGAUACGCGAAAAGUUUGCUCGCGUUGCAGAUAUGCUAAAUGUUGUACGAUAA